AUCGACAACAAGUUAUUUUAAAAAGUUAUCGAAACGUUAAAAAUGAGUGGGUUAUUCGAUGUCGACGACAUUUUAUCUGACCACGAAGAAUGGCUGAAACUGGACGAAGAGUGGGGCAAACCAAUAGACCUGGACACCGAAGAAGACCAAGCGCCGUAUCUCAAGUCAAUGUUCAGUACCUUAGACUUGAAGAAGACAACAUUUGAUUCGUCAUUUCUCUUCAAAAAGGUCAGAAGGAAAAUCGGCAGACAACUAUCAAAAAGAUCGACCAAUUCCUAUCUAGAUUACAAAGACUUUUUGAACGAUUUGCAAAAUAAUGCAUCGAGAGAAUCCACGAAGCAAUUUUACUUCGUCAAUGGACAGAUAAUGUCAGCGGUUUCGGUUGAAGAGAUAUGCGACGAAAUUGACAACUAUUUCAAAUCGAUUGAGAAGUUGACAUUAACUAGUACGAUUCGUAAUAAGAAUGAAAUGCCUGAAGUUGUCAAGUGCAGUAUGUCUAGUGGCGAUUUCUCUUUCGAUGAUACGGUUGUAGGAUCGAAUACAGACAAAUGUGACAGUGAAGACAUAAGCAGGUUCAUAGACCAGGCAUUUAAUGAUUUUAAUUCUUCAAUCGCUUCUAUGGAAGACGUUGAUGAUGUGACGAGAGAAUCAGUUACUACUUUAGUGAGGAAAUUUAGUAGUGUUUUGAAGAGUCCUUCUAUGAAUUGCUGUCCGAGACGACAACGCCAAUGCUGCGAGAAGUUCAGAGAUUUAGCAGAGUUCUGGAAGAAGAGAACUCUGGAACAUAACUGA